AUGACGGCCGAGAGCGGGCCGCCGCCGCCCCCACAGCCCGAGGCGCUGGCGUCCGUGAAGGAGGAGCGCGGCGAGGCCGGGGCCGGGGUCCCCGCGGAGGCCGCGGGCCGCAGCGGGGGGCGGCGGCGCAAGCGCCCCCUGCAGCGCGGGAAGCCGCCCUACAGCUACAUCGCGCUCAUCGCCAUGGCCAUCGCGCACGCGCCGGAGCGCCGCCUCACGCUGGGCGGCAUCUACAAGUUCAUCACCGAGCGCUUCCCCUUCUACCGCGACAACCCCAAGAAGUGGCAGAACAGCAUCCGCCACAACCUCACGCUCAACGACUGCUUCCUCAAGAUCCCGCGCGAGGCCGGCCGCCCGGGCAAGGGCAACUACUGGGCGCUCGACCCCAACGCGGAGGACAUGUUCGAGAGCGGCAGCUUCCUGCGCCGCCGCAAGCGCUUCAAGCGCUCGGACCUCUCCACCUACCCGGCUUACAUGCACGACGCGGCCGCCGCCGCCGCUGCGGCUGCAGCGGCCGCCGCGGCCGCCAUUUUCCCGGGCGCCGUGCCCGCCGCGCGCCCGCCCUACCCGGGCGCCGUCUAUGCCGGCUAUGCCCCGCCGGCGCUCGCCGCGCCGCCGCCGGUCUACUACCCCGCCGCGUCGCCGGGCCCCUGCCGCGUCUUCGGCCUGGUGCCCGAGCGGCCGCUUAGCCCGGAGCUGGGCCCCGCGCCGUCGGGGCCCGCCGGCUCUUGCGCCUUUGCCUCGGCCGGCGCCACGGCCGCCACCAGCGGCUACCAGAACGCCGGCUGCGCGGGGGCGCGGCCCGCCAAUCCCUCCGCGUACGCGGCCGCCUACGCCGGCCCCGACGGCGCGUACCCGCAAGGGGCCGGCAGCGCGCUCUUCGCCGCCGCGGGCCGCUUGGCCGGACCCGCUUCGCCCCCCGCGGGCGGCGGCGGGGGCGGCGUGGAGAGCGCGGUGGACUUCUAUGGGCGCACGUCGCCCGGCCAGUUCGGAGCUCUGGGUCCCUGCUACAAUCCGGGAGGGCAGCUCGGAGGGAGCGGUGGAGCCGUCUAUCACGCGCGCCAUGCGGCCGCUUAUCCUGGCGGGGUGGAUCGGUUCGUGUCCGCCAUGUGAGCCGAACACACGGUAGAAAUGUCACAGAUACCUCUGCUGUCCACAAGCACUAAGUAUCCUGAGGACGGGACUGGAGAGAGGACCGAAUUGAGAGCCACGUGGAAGGGAUCCAGUAGGCCGGCCGGAGAGGCUCUGCGUCCUGGCGCACCUCGCACACAUCCCCUUCUUGUUGUAAAUAGGAGGAGAUGGGGAGAGGCAGCCUGCGCCAGCGGACUGGGAACCAACGACCCACCACAACGAGGAGCGACUCCAAAAGGACAUGCCUUUCUGACAUUCUGCCGGGAUGGGCUUUUGAUAAUAAAUGGGGAAGCGCGUAGUGUCUACGCUAGAGUCUAGGAUCCGAAUUGUGGGGAAUCACGUAACUUCACUGGUCCCUCUGUUGCGCGAAAUUCUGACCUUUUUUAUGCGGUUCGGCCUCUUGUGCCUUUGAGUACGUUCCUGCAAUAAAAGGCUCCAAUAGCGCCUUCCUUCUUAAGGUGAGGAGGACACGUUUGCAAAAGAAGUAAACGAAGUA